UUUGACGCUCUCUCUCAAAGUUUGAAUAGAACAAAGCAAACCAACGAACCACCAGAAACGACCCUUCCUUACUCUUGCGUGGGCGUUUCAAUUCAAUCCUAACUAACUAACUUUGGCUUGUAUCUCCAUUGGCUCUGUCCUUUUUUUUAGUUUCCGUUACAAAAAGAUCGCAAGAGCAAAACGAGUGUCAACUGGUUUGUUACCUUUUUUCUCGAAGAAAUUUCUAAGAUGACGGAACCGAGCAGCGAAGAAUUAACAGCAGAGGCUACUAAUGGAAUUCCAACGGGGCUGAAUCGGAUUAAGACUCGACGAGUAUCAUCGAAGGAACAACUGAGCUCAAAACCUGACGAGUUGACUGAGUCUAAGACUCAUGUCGUAGCUUCUUCAAGGCCUCCUGUGAAGGAUAAACAGAAACCGAUGGCUCAGGGUCGUGGAAAGAGCGCUUCUUUCAAAGCAGAUUCCCGUAAAGGAAAGAGCAUAGCUCAAUGGAUCACAUCUUAUUUAUCAAAGGAAUCCAUUCAAGUUAUUAAUGAUGUUUCUCCAAAUGUUGAGGAGGGGAAUUUGGAAGCUAAGACGCCUGAUAGAAAGGAGCGUGCAGGAACUGAAUUUACCAGUGGAUGCAAUUAUUUAAACGAGGAAAUUUCUUCAUCAGAGAAUCCAAACCGGAGUAAAGUGUCAAAAGGCUUAAAAAGCUUUUCCCAUGAAUUAGGACCAAAGGGUGGCAUUUCUCCUGCCCAACCACGGGCUCAUAGCUACAGUGAUUUGAAGGAGCUGUUGGGUUCAUUGCAUUCAAGAUUUGAUGCUGCUAAAGCAGUAGCAAACACAGAGCUGGCUAGUUUAAUCGGGGAUGCCAUGGAUGUCCUUGAGAAAACUGACUUCUCCUUGCAAGAAGAGCAGAAAUUGGCUGUAGAUCUUCUGACACUGUCUCGAUUCUGUAUGGAGAUGAAGUGUUCACAGUUUCGUACGAAAUGUGAAGACAUUGUUCAAGAUCUGACAGAGAAAAGGCAACAGUGUCAAACAGGAAUCCUCAAGUGGCUGUUUACUCGCAUGCUUUUCAUAUUGACACGCUGCACAAGGCUAUUACAGUUCCAGAAAGACAGUGAACCAAUUGAUGAGAAAUCUCUUCGUAAAUUGAAAAAAUGUCUGGAAAGUGUCCCUUCUGUUGAAAUGAGCUGGGCUGCCAAGCGUGGGAUUGCUGAUUCUGAUAGUGGUUAUGCUUUAAAUCAGAAAGUUGAUGUAAAGCAAAAGUUGCAGGGACAAAUUGCUGCGUCUUCUCUCCCUGCAGAAAUAUAUUGCUGCUCUGAACAGCCAACUGAUCAGAGUGACUUGAAUUCCAACAAGGAUUCUCUGUUUUUGGAACAAAAGUUGCAAUCACAAAAAUCCAAAAAUGACUCAGUUUCACAAGUGCAACAUUUUUGUCAGGGCAAUAACAGUUCUGCUGGGAAUAUUAGUUACAAUCAGAACUGUAGUUCGCUUCAUGAGCAGGGACAAAAUUUAGAUGAUCCUAUUGACAACCAGGGGCGAGUUCUAGACGGAUCUGAUUUAGUAAUCUGUAGGAUAUGCGAAGAAAUUGUUCCAAUUUCUCAUCUCGAAUCCCAUUCUUAUAUAUGUGCAUAUGCAGAUAAAUGUGACUUAAAUUUCCUAGACAUAGAUGAACGCCUCUCAAACCUUGAAGAGAUACUGGAGCAGAUUAUCGACUCGCGCAAUAUGAAUUUUCAUCCAUCAUAUGGCAGUCCUGAAAAUUUGAGAGUACAAAGUACAAACUCUGUCAUUACUGAAGGUCAGUCUCCCAAAAUAAGUGAAUGGAGAAAUAGAGGCGUUGAAGGGAUGUUUGAGGACAUACAUGAGAUGGACACUGCGUUUAUAGAUGAUUCUCACUCCCCCUCUGUUAACUUUAAAGGCCACUUGGGUGCAAAGUUACCCUACCAUGGUGCAUCCUCACCAGCUGGGAGCAUGACAUCGAUUUCCUCCGCAAAUACCCCCAGGGCUGGUCAUUUUGAUUCCUUCUGGUUAGAGCACAACAAUCCUCCUGAGCUAGAAGAUGUCCAGCAGAUGAUUGACCUAGCAGACAUAGCACGCUGUGUGGCAGGCACUGAUCUUUCAAAAGAAGGGUCAUCUGAAUUUUUGCUCGCUUGUAUGCAAGAUUUGCAGGAUGUUUUACAGCAUAGCAAACUCAAAGCUCUUGUAAUUGACACUUUUGGAGGCCGAAUAGAGAAACUUCUGCGGGAAAAGUAUAUACUUGCUUGUGAUUUAAUGGAUACAAAAAGUCCAAUUAUUGAUGAGAGAUCUAAGGAAAACUUGAGACUUCCAUUUGAUAAUGCAUCUCAAAGCAGUGCGGCAUCGACACCUGUGCAUGUAUCAAAUAAAGAGCGGACGAGCAUUGAUGAUUUUGAAAUCAUUAAACCAAUUAGUAGAGGUGCCUUUGGAAAAGUCUUUCUUGCACGCAAACGAACUACAGGAGAUCUAUUUGCAAUAAAGGUGCUCAAGAAAUUGGAUAUGUUACGCAAGAAUGAUGUUCAGCGCAUAUUAGCAGAGCGUAACAUAUUGAUAACAGUUCGGAAUCCAUUUGUGGUUCGAUUUUUUUAUUCAUUCACCUGCAGAGAUAACCUGUAUCUCGUUAUGGAGUAUCUUAUUGGAGGUGAUCUAUACUCUUUGCUGAGAAAAGUUGGUUGCCUUGAGGAAGAUAUAGCUCGUAUAUAUAUUGCAGAACUGGUUCUUGCUUUAGAGGAUCUCCAUUCUCAUGGAAUUGUGCAUCGUGAUCUGAAACCAGACAAUAUAUUGAUUGCACAUGAUGGGCACAUCAAGCUUACAGAUUUCGGAUUAUCAAAAAUUGGCCUUAUAAACAGCACCAUUGAUUUAUCAGGAUCUGAUACAGAUAGAAAUGCAUCUUCAGAUCCUCCUAAUCCAAAUGCUCAACAAACAGAGGACAGAAAUCGGCACUCAGCAGUUGGGACGCCUGACUAUCUUGCCCCUGAAAUUCUUCUUGGAACUGAGCAUGGUUAUGCUGCAGAUUGGUGGUCUGUUGGAAUAAUCUUAUUUGAAUUUAUAACUGGAAUUCCACCUUUCACUGCUGAACGUCCUGAGAUAAUCUUUGACAACAUUCUUAAUAGAAAAAUCCCUUGGCCUUCUGUUCCUGAUGACAUGUCAUAUGAGGCCCAAGACUUGAUCAACAGGUUGAUUAUUCAUAAUCCAAGUCAACGGUUAGGAGCAAAUGGAUCGACAGAGGUCAAAGCACAUCCUUUUUUCAGAGGAGUUGAUUGGGACAACCUUGCUCUGCAAAAGGCUGCCUUUGUUCCAAACCCUAACAGUGUAGAUGACACGAGCUAUUUUGUGUCAAGGUUUCCUCAAAUGUCUGUUGGAAUGCCAAAUGAUAAUGCUAGUAGCCAUUCUGACAGCGACAUGCAUGACUCAUCUUCAAAUUCUGGUGUUGAGAUGGAUGAAUGUGGUGACCUUGCAGAUUUUGAUUCUUCUCCACUUGAUAUCUCAUUGAUAAAUUUCUCUUUCAAGAAUCUGUCACAAUUGGCGUCCAUCAAUCAUGACGUGCUCUUAGGAAAGGAUCCUGCAAAGUUCUCUCCAUCUAGAGCUGCGCCAAACACAUAGUUUACUGCAGUGUUCCGUGAUGGAUACAUUCUUACAGGUAACAGUGUUCAUAACGAUUAUUUGCUAGGGAAAUCAAGUGAGAGGAGCAGCAAUUGUUACUCAGUCCUCUCCCCCUCGUAUAAAUCGCAGCUCAUAGCUUUGAUCAUGUAGGAAUGAAAUGGGAAGAUGUCCUUUCUUUUUGUAAAUAUAUAGUUAAAUCAAAAGAAAAGCAUUAUUCUUUUUCAUUGCUUUAAUUUAGUUGAGAAUUCACCGACUGAAUUUGUUGGGACGAAAGCAAGCACACCCUGGAAAUGUCAGGAUUCUCUUUGUUGCGGUCCUGUUUGAGAUCGUUACUGAAAUCUCUACCUGUAUUCUUCUUUUCCUGCUGCUCCAGUUCCAUCGAUUCAACAGAACAUGGAAGGGGGAGGCGGAAAGGACCUGGAUGAAUGGAACAUCAGGGUUUUUAUGCAAACUCCAUGGUAAAAAGGUUUACGCGGCCAUUAACAGCAGAUUCUCCAAUGGCAGCAGUAGUUGAGUUGAAAAACAUUUGAAAUGACAUCAGAAAGUGCCAUGAGGCCAUAUGGAGCACAAAAGGUCGCAAACAAGGACUUUAACAGCAAGAAGAGUAGAAUAAGAACUCUAUUGAUCUUUCAGUCGACAAGCUAAACACAUUGCAAAGAACUGCAAACAUUCAUACAUUUCAAGACAUCUCAUACAGUAAUAACGAAGGCUGCUAGAAAAAGGCCAAACACCAACACAUGUUAACAAUAAAUUACUCAAAUGCUGCAAGUUGUGCUGCUAAAAGGAAACGCAGAAACUUCUUGACAAGAUAAACAAUCAGAUAAAACUUGCAAAAUUAUAUAAAUUAAGAAAUCCGAUUUGACCGGGACAGAUGUAGUGGCGGAUAGAGAAUUUAUCCGAACCAUCUCCCAACCGGGUUUAUCUAUGAAGAAUUGUGGGGAAAAAACACGACCAGAUUCUAUUUCUAGCCCUAAACAGCCAAUCCCUGCCUCCCUCAAGCUCACAAUUCACUCGUCACAAUCCACAGCAGAUCCCUCUGGUUGAGUGCAUUCGCCGGCCACCCACCGCUCUUCACUCCCCUGUCCUCAUUCCUAUAACCUCUUCACCCAAAACAGAAGCAUCCAGCGUCUCCAGCACCAACAGAUAUUCUGGUGAUCGUGUUGAUGUGGUUCAUUUUCUACAAUGGAUCGCGAUAUGUCACUGACUUUUGCAAGAGGCACCUAGGGUGAAUCCCGGUAACGUGAACGGAUCACAAGGGAAAAAGCGAUAGUGGCAUGCCCCUGGAUCUAGUCUGAUAUGAAAAUUUCACCUUUAGUGCUCUUCUUGGGCUUGAUUAUGCACCAUCUUUGUAAUGAUUACAAAUCUCGGUCUUCAAUUUUUGCAAGGAUUCAAGAAUGCAUUCUUCUCUACAGUGAUCGUGAAACUUUUCCGAUCAAUUGCAAUUGAUGGAAUUUCGUGUUCAUGUAGCUUCACAAACUGAAUCUUCCUGGCGUUUCUGUUUGGUACUGUGAUACAUAUAUUUUUUAAAAGUAUUUUAUGCUUUAAUACA